AUGUCGCGAACACUCCCAAAACAGUUUAAUCCGCUCAUCACGAUCGAGGUUGCUCCCACCUAUGAUGAGCUCCUUGCCCGCCGUCGUCUUGGACAAACCAACCUGUCCGUCAAGCCCGCUCAGAUUGGCACUUCAAACGCAACCAAGCCGGAGAACCUAGGCGUGUUCGAGUAUGCUCACCUCCGUGCUCCGCUGCCCAAGGAUCUCGAGGGCUCUGAGAUCUUCCCUUCCCACAGCCCCCAACAACACCCAGAAAGUUAUUUUUUGAUGCGCCGUAGUAAAGAUGGCUAUGUUAGCGCGACUGGGAUGUUCAAAAUUGCCUUCCCAUGGGCCAAGGCCGAGGAAGAGCGGACAGAGCGCGAGUAUCUGAAAGCUCGCGAGUACACCAGUGAAGAGGAGGUUGCCGGCAAUGUGUGGAUCUCGCCCGCAUUUGCCCUUGAGCUUUCCAAGGAAUACCGAAUGUACGAUUGGGUGCGAGCAUUGUUGGAUCCAACAGACAUUGUUCAGAGUCCUUCGAGCGCCAAGAAGCAUAUCACCCCCCCGCCGAAAUUCGAAAUUCCCUCCGAUGAGCCGCCCGUGUCGCAGCGCAACCGCAGAGGUCGGUCAGCCUCUCCGAGCAAGAAGUUGUCUCCUCGAAAGCCCCGCAGCACCCGCAUCGCCAAAGAUGUCACUAGCACCCCGUCCACGACAGCUGCGAACGCUAGCCUUCAGUCGGCAUUAGAUACGGCUUCAGGCUUGGCCUCGGACGCCAUUCCUGAGCUGCGAGCUGUGGAUGGCGAAGCGGAAGUGACGUCGAGCGGAUCCCCUGGAAAGAAGACCAGAGCGCGCCGGGCUGCUACCGCGGAGCCCGAAGAGGAGACCAAGGAGGAGACGAAGGAGAAGAAGGAAAAGAAGAAGGCUGAGAGGAAAGAGAAGAAGAAGCAAGAAAUCCAGGAACAGGAGGAGACAGUGGAAGCAUCAGUGGAAACAUCAGUGGCCGACGAUGCCACUGACGCUGGAAAGUCUACUCACACUACUGUUUCCUUGGACAUGCCGAUCAGUCUGCCUGAAGUGCCCUCUGCUGCGGAGACUGAAGAGAUGAUUGCCCAGGCCAAGGAGAUGGUGGAAGAGGCUAUCAAGGCGCAAGCCGAGGGCGCUACUGCGGAGUCGACGUCUGUUCAGACGACCAGCAAGCGCAAGGCGGUUGAUGAUGAGGAUGAAGAGACGUCGGCCGAAGCUUCGCAACGAGCCAAGAAAGCCAAGGUGCUUGAGAACAAGCUCAAGCAGGAGCGCGUCCGCAACCGCUCUAUCUUCGGUGUCUCUGUGGCGUUUGCCCUUGCGGCUUCCAUCCCAUACUUUUUCUAA